AUGAAACAUAAUCGAAAAUUUUCAAGUUCCAAUCAUCAAGCUAAUAAAUCAUCAAAAAAUGAUUCUUCGCCGAAAGAUAAAUCCAAUAAUAAUUCACAAGAAUUAUUCGAACAACAAUAUAUUCGUCAAUCAUUAAAAUCAAAUAAUGUAGAGGAUUUUUGGCAUGAAAUUGAAGAUUAUACACAUGAGCCAGAAUUUUUUUCGUUUAGUGGACCAAAGUCGAAAUUGGCUAUUAAAGAUGCCAACUUUAUACGUAAAUUAAUAUCAGCGGCAAUAACAAUGAAACGUCAUGGAGGCGAUUUAGUACCCAGUUUAAUAGCAAAAAGAUGUUGUGAACUAUAUGAAACUCUUGAUAACGAGGAUAAGAUUAAAUUCAUGUAUAUACUUGCUCGUGAUUUUGGUGUAAUUAGAGAUGAAGCUCUUAAAGCUGCAAAUAAUUAUAUUAAUUUAUCAAAUGAAGAUGCGUAUGGGAGAGCAGUACUUCGAGCGGAACAAAUACUUCGACAUUCUAUGAUUCCAGCACAUAAUGUAUUUUUUGAUCGGAUAACUCCAUUACCUGGUGGUACAAAGUUUUUAGUGAAUAUGCGUGCCGAUUUACUUGCAUAUUUGAAGGAAAAUAAUCAUGAGGCAUGUUUGAUGACGUUAAAUGAAUCUUUGAAAGAUAAGUUGUCAUCAUUAUUAGUUGGAUUUUUGGAUUUAAGGAGAAUAACGUGGUAUUCAUCUGCUGCCAUCUUAGAGAAAGUCAUAGAAUAUGAGGCAGUGCACGCUAUAAAGGAUUGGGAUGACAUGAAGAGACGUGUCGGGCCUGGAAGACGUCUCUUUGCGUUCUUUUAUAAAAAUAUGAAACAUGAGCCACUUGUAUUUAUUCAAGUAGCCCUAACAAAUGAGAUUUCGGACAACGUUCAGGCAAUAUUGGAAGAUCCUAACCCAACAAAGUCGAUACCAACGAUAGAGGAUGUUAACUGUGCGAUAUUUUAUUCAAUAACAAGUCAACCAGGAUUAUCAGGCAUUGAACUUGGUAAUUUUUUAAUUAAAAGAGUAGUAAGAGAGUUACAAGCCGAAUUUCCAAGUAUAAAAACCUUUUCAACAUUAAGUCCUAUACCAGGAUUUCAAAAAUGGUUAAAUGCUGUCAUAAAUGUCGAAGGUGAUAGUAUUUUAGUUGAUGAUGAAGCUGAAAAAAUCAAAAAUUUAAGAAGUUAUUUAGAAGGUAGUGGAACUGAAAUCUUAAAAACCAUUUUAAAAUCCAAAGAUUGGAUUAGAGAUGAAGUGUGUUUUCAUACAUUUAAACCUAUCUUGAUGAGAUUAUGUACAAGAUAUAUUCUAACAGAGAAGAGAAGAAAUUUGGCGUUGGAUCCUGUUGCUAAUUUUCAUAUCAGAAAUGGAGCAUGUGUUCAUAGAUUAAAUUGGUUAGGUGAUAUAUCAAAUAAAGGUUUAGAGGAGUCAUUUGGAAUAAUGGCAAAUUAUAAUUAUAUAUUAGAUCAUAUUGAAAGGAAUAAUCAACAAUAUUUGUGUGAUGGAAAAAUUUCAGUAUCAAAUGUUGACCCUUUAUUAGUUGAAAUAGCAAAUAAUUCUCAAAAUAUAGUAAUAAUUUAA